UCAAACGAUGUCGGCCGCUUCGAUUCGGUGCUGGCCAAUGUGCAUUAUCUAUGGCUAGCUCCGCUCGAGCUUGUGGCAGUCACAUAUUUAAUGUAUGAAAAGAUUGGAGUUGCUGCGCUCUUCGGCGUUGCUGUCAUGCUGUUCUUCCUACCGGUGCAAGCCUUUUUGGCCAAAAAGACUUUGGGUCUACGACUAAUAACAGCGUUGCGCACGGAUGAACGCGUGCGUAUGAUGAACGAGAUCAUAUCGGGUAUACAAGUCAUAAAGAUGUAUGCCUGGGAGCAACCCUUCAGCAAACUAGUUGAGCUAACACGCUGCAAGGAAAUGGGCUGUAUCAAGAGUGUCAAUUACAUACGUGGCGUACUCAUUUCCUUUGGCAUGUGCCUCUCACGCACCUUUACCUUUGCCAGUUUGGUGGGCUAUGUGCUCUUGGGUCACAUUCUUACAGCUGGCGAGGCUUUUUACAUAACAGCCUACUAUAAUUUACUACGGCGCACGGUCACUCAAUUCUUUCCAUUGGCCAUCGUACAGUUUGCCGAAAUCAUAGUGUCCAUCAAGCGUCUGGAGACAUUCAUGCAUCGAGAGGAGAUACGCACACAUGCAAUGUUUCAUAUUGAUAAAGGAUUUAUUAAAGACCCUUUAAAACUUGAGAAUGAAACAGAAACCCUAAUUGAAAUCAACGAUUUCAAAGCCAAAUGGAACAGCGAAGCUACGGAGCACACGCUAGCGGACAUCAACCUUAAGCUUACCAGAAGGCAAUUGGUAGCUGUUAUUGGACCUGUCGGAGCAGGCAAAUCCAGUUUGAUACAGUCAAUUUUGGGUGAAUUACCUGCAGAACAAGGCAGUCUUAAGGUCAAUGGUAGAUUCUCUUAUGCAUCACAAGAACCUUGGCUUUUCACUGGCACAGUGCGUCAGAAUAUUCUGUUUGGCUUGGCGCUCAACAAGCAUCGAUACCGCACUGUGGUUAAAAAGUGUGCGCUGGAACGCGACUUUGAGCUGCUGCCGCAUGGCGAUAAGACGAUCGUUGGCGAGCGUGGUGCUUCCUUGUCUGGCGGACAGAAAGCGCGCAUCAGUUUGGCUCGAGCUGUAUAUCGUCGUGCGGAUAUAUAUUUACUUGAUGAUCCUCUCAGCGCGGUGGAUACACAUGUGGGACAUCACUUGUUCGAUCAGUGCAUGAGAAAUUAUCUAAAGAGCGAACUGGUUGUAUUAGUCACACAUCAGUUGCAGUUUCUGGAACAUGCUGACCUAAUUGUCAUAAUGGAGAAGGGCAAGAUCAGUGCAAUGGGCACAUAUGCCUCAAUGAUGCGCAGUGGCUUGGACUUUGCGCAGUUGCUAAUGAAUCCAAACAAGUCCGAUGAGGCUGCAAAGGACAAUGUGAGCGUUGCUGGUGACAUUGCGGAAGACACACAUUCUACUGUACGCAAGCGUCUUAUAAGCCAUAUUAGUCGUCAGAAUUCAUGCACAGACAGCAUAAGUUCCAUUGGCUCUCUGGCAGAGUCCAUUUCUCAACUGCCGUCUAUGGGUGCUCCAGAGGCCAGAGUAGAGGGUAACGUGGGCUUGGGUCUUUAUAGGGAAUACUUUACGGCGGGGAGUGGCUGGCCUAUGAUAAUUUUUAUGAUUGUUCUAUGCAUAGGCACUCAAGUUGUUGUCUCCAGCGCAGAUGUGUUCCUCUCGUACUGGGUGGAUAAGAAUAAGAAUGGCACUAGUAUAGAAUCCGAUACGAUCGAUAUAUAUUACUUUACGGCAUUAAAUGUGGCAGCAAUUGCUCUCAUCGUUUUGCGCCCUGUUAUAUUCUAUGCAAUGGCCAUGCGCAGCUCAACGAAGUUACACCGUGCCAUGUUCCGGGGCAUAAUAAGAGCGGCCAUGUAUUUCUUUCACACCAAUCCCUCUGGGCGUAUAUUGAAUAGAUUUUCAAAAGAUUUGGGCCAAAUCGAUGAGUUUCUGCCCACACUUAUGCUAGAAGUAAUGCAAUUAUUUUUACUACUUGUGGGCAUUGUCGUGGUCAUUUGCAUUACCAAUCCCUACUACAUGAUUCUCACUUUAAUCUUGGGCGUGAUAUUCUAUUAUAUUCGAGAAUUCUAUCUAAAUGCAUCGAGAGAUGUUAAGAGAUUAGAGGCAGUGGCUAGAUCGCCAGUCUACUCACACCUCACUGCAUCUCUAAAUGGACUUUCCACUAUAAGAGCGCUAAGUGCUGAGAAAUCGCUGAUUGCCGAAUUCGAUAACCUCCAGGAUCUGCACAGUUCUGGUUACUAUACAUUCUUGGCCACAAGUCGUGCGUUUGGCUAUUACACGGACUUCUUCUGCACCUUGUAUACAAUUAUUAUCGUCAUUAAUUAUUUCAUCAAUCCGCCCACAAAACCGGGCGAGGUGGGACUAGCGAUUACUCAGGUCAUGAGCCUUGCUGGCAUGGUUCAGUACGGCAUGAUGCAAUCCGCAGAGUUAGAUACAACAAUGACUGCUGUAGAGCGUAUUUUAGAAUACGAUGAGAUUGAGCCCGAAGGCGAGUAUGAAUCUAAGCCCGAUAAAAAGCCACCCAACACUUGGCCAGAAGAAGGAAAAAUUAUUGCCGACGAUCUCAGUCUACGCUACUUUCCCGAUCCGCAGUCCAAGUAUGUGCUCAAGUCGCUCAACUUCGAGAUCAGACCCAUGGAGAAAGUGGGCAUUGUUGGUCGUACUGGCGCCGGUAAGUCUUCGCUCAUCAACGCCCUGUUCCGUUUGUCCUACAACGAUGGCUCCAUCCUCAUCGAUAGUCGCGACACAAAUGAACUGGGAUUGCAUGACCUGCGCAGCAAGAUAUCCAUCAUACCUCAGGAGCCCGUGCUCUUUUCAGGUAGCAUGCGCUAUAAUCUCGAUCCUUUUGAAGAGUACAGCGACGCCAAAUUGUGGGAUGCGCUGGAGGCAGUAAAGUUAAAGCCAGUUAUCAGCGAGCUACCAAGUGGCUUACAGAGCAAAAUAUCCGAAGGAGGCACUAACUUUAGCGUGGGUCAAAGACAGCUGGUCUGUCUAGCGCGAGCUAUUCUUCGCGAGAAUCGCAUUCUGGUAAUGGACGAGGCCACAGCGAAUGUUGAUCCACAAACAGAUGCGCUUAUACAAGCAACGAUCAGGAAUAAGUUCAGGGAGUGCACAGUGCUAACAAUAGCCCAUCGCCUAAACACAAUUAUGGACUCCGAUAAGGUGUUAGUUAUGGAUGCUGGCCAGUUGGUAGAGUUCGGAGCGCCUUAUGAACUGUUGACCCAAAGUGAAUCGAAAAUCUUUCACAGCAUGGUAAUGGAGACCGGUCAUGCGAGCUUCGAAAGCCUGCUCAAGGUGGCAGAAAAGGCUUAUUUGGCAGCAGACAAAUCAAAUACUCUUUAGGGCUCUAGAUGAUACUCCCAAUUAAUUUUAAAAGUCGCAUUUGUUACCUAACGUGA